CAUCUGCAUGCAAUCGCCCUGUCAUAUCGUUAAGAACCACAACUUUGGAUACACCCAGGUUCUGCAACGCCUGCGCAGAGCUGGCACCGGGAGCCCCGGCAGCAAUAAAAAGGAGGGGGAGCCGGCACCUGGACAGAGACCUGCGAGGAGCACAUCCCGGGCAUCAGCCAGCACCUCCCAGCCGCAGAGACCAUGCAGGUGGCUGCCGUCCUCCUGCUGCUCGCCCUGGCGCUGGCGACUCCCAGCUCCUCUGCUGAGCAGACGUGUGUCCUGACAGGACUUUGGUUCAAUGACCUGGGCUCCAAUAUGACCAUCAAUUCUGUGAACAAAGCAGGCGAGUUCUCCGGCACGUACCACAUGGCAGUGAAAGCCACCAGCAACGAAAUCAAGAUUUCUCCACUACAGGGAUCCCAGCACCGUGAGAACAACAGCAACCAGCCCACCUUCGGAUUCACCGUCAACUGGAGUUUCUCAGACGCCACCAGCGUCUUCGUGGGCCAGUGCUUCGUGGACAAGCACGGGGAGGAAAUUUUGAAGACCGUGUGGCUCCUGCGAGAGCAGGUCGGCAGCCUCGGCGACGACUGGGAAGCCACCAGAGUCGGCGUCAACGUCUUCACCCGCCAACCGGUGCGCAGGGAGUGAGGAGCCGCGGGCGGCGCUGCCCCCCCGCCGCCGCCGAAGCCCCCCUACGCCGCCGGAGCCCCCCCCCGCCCCCCCCCGCCCCCAAUAAAGCUUUUCUGCAAACGGCCGCCUGCUCUCGUCGCUCCGCGCCGUCCCGCGGGCCCACGGCCGGGGGGAGCGGGGGGGGAGAGACGCCGUCUGGCAGCCGAGCCCCCGCCACAAAGGGCGCCGGAGCCGGAGCCCGGGCGAGGCGCGGCGAGCAGGGACUGCCCCGGCGCCCGGCGCCCCUUGCCGGGGGCUCCGGGGCCGCGCGGGGGCGGCAGGACGGCCCGCGCCCGGGGAAGCGCCGGGGGCUCCGUGUUGCCGAAGCCGAAACGCCUCCCUCUGCGGGGCUCCCUGAGGGCAGCGGGAGCCCGAGUGACAGCACGGGAAAUGGCUGAAGAACAGCUGAGAAAAGCCGGUGGAAGACUGCGUCGCUUCAGACUCUCUGGCUAGCAACAAACACGGCAUAAGGAGAAUUUUAGAACUACAGAAUUAAAGCCAUUUUUAAAAGC